CACCUCUUGAGGGCAUAUAAGGAUUUAACAUACGUAUUCUUUGAAGCUGUGUUUCUAGCAACAACCCAGCCUUGUCCACUAUUUACCGCAUCAAGCACCAUGGCAGAAGCCUCAAAGGCUAAUAUUGUUGAACAAUACCUGAAAGACAAGACGUGGGUUGAUCAGCCUGAAGUCUUGCCGUGGUAUGUCAAGGACCUGGUGGACCUCGAACCAAAGACGAAGCAGCUGUUCGAGACCUACAGCAAAGUCCGUUCAGAUGAAGUUGUCUCCCACAUUACACAGAUCAGAAACCAUGCCUUCAAGAUUUUUCCCUAUCCAUGUCUUGGCCAUUGGGGUUUCCUCAACCUGAGUAUCCAGAAGUCGGCAGCCUACGACGAAGUACUUCAGCGCAUCAAGGGUGGCGAGCAGUACCUGGACAUUGGCUGCUGUGUGGGUCAGGACAUACGCAAGCUCGUGUACGAUGGAGCGCCCUCCGAGAACACCUACGCCUCGGACUUGAAGGGUCAAUUCUGGGACAUCGGCUACGACUUGUUCCUGGACAAGUCAUCCCUGAAGACCACCUUCAUCGAGGCCGACGUCUUCGACGAUAAUUCUGGGCUACAGCAACUCGCCGGCAAGCUUGAUAUUGUGCACGCAGCUUCCUUCUUCCAUCUCUUCGAUUGGGACGGCCAAGUUGCUGCAGCCAAGAAGGUCGUAGGGUUGUUGAACCCUGCGUCCAACAGCUUGAUUCUCGGUCGUCAAGCUGGACGUGCAGAAGCUGGUGAAUUCACUGCUCAGGUUGAACAGACGAAGAGUAGGUACUGGCACAACCCAGAAUCAUGGGCGAAGCUGUGGAAGCAAGUCGGCGACGAGACUGGAACGAAGUGGAAAGUCGAGGCUGACUUCGAUGAGAGAGUGGACUUAUUCCGUAACAAGUGUGGUAUGGCAGACUUCAUCCCUCAGGACACUAAGUUUAUGAGGUUCAUUAUUAGGAAGGCGUGAAGGCGUGGUGACAUGCUUUCCAAUUGCAGACGACUUCGAGGGGCGAUGUGCGACGUUACAAUAGAUCCUUAAUGAACUUGCUUGAAC